AUGUUUACAUUUCCAAAAGAGAAGGCGUCGAACGACGUGGAGUACAUUGAAAAGUUCAACGCAAUAAAUGGUUUAUAAAAGUAAAAUAUCGACAAUUAUUCACCUGUGAAUAACACUUUUGUUAUCAACUGAAAAAUGACUCAAAAAUUUCCGAAAUAAAAAGCCAAUGUUAAAUACAUAAUGCAGUGGUAAAUAUAAAUAUUGAAAUUCGCGAUUGAUAGUAAACUUAUAACCCGUGGCAGUACAAACGGUUUUAGUUAAUGUUCGUUUUCAACCACUGAAAUCGAUCUUGUUAAUUACAACUAAUUACUUCACUUCCACCGAAAGUCGGAAUCCUGAAAAGAGCGAUUGAAAAGUUAAAUUGGGAGCCUUUGUUUUGGGCAGGCGAUCAAGCUGGGUUGAAAUUUCUUUCAAGGAAAUCACAAUAUUCCUUGUGCUUAUUCAAACCAACUCUAUUGUAUCGCUUUGACGGUUUGUUGUUCUGCACUUCAGAUCACUGCACUUCCUCUUGAAACGUGCUUGAAAGACCCUAAAUGUUCCUUUUGCAUGCAAAUAAUACAACUCUAUAGGGUAAUUGGCAAAACAUUCUACUCCUACUUUAUUACACUGCCAAAGUGGUGUAAAUUAGAGUUGAUGAGAUCGUUCACAAAAUGCUGUUGAAAUAAACACUCUCGACAAUUUAGAUUUAUUGAACGCGAAUAUUUAAUAACUGUAGCCUUUUGAAGGGGGUUAGAGCAUCGCCGCAAAAAUUUCGGCACCAUCUGGAAACGUUCCCCGCCUCUCCUUAUUAAAAUAACAAAACUCUUUCUUGGUUCGCCGUUCUCAGUUUAAUAUACGAGGAUAAGAACAAUUAUUAGAAUAGAGGCGAAGGGUAGUGGAGUCUUUUUAUGUUACGCGGAGUUAAAAGUAUGUAGAAGGUUUUACAGAGUUUUUUUUUAACUUUGGGUCUCUAGCUGUGAAUGACUAACAUCAAUGUGAUAUUAACUUUUUUUCCAGCGGGGAACCCCCAAUACAUUUUGUAUUAACUCGAGUAGCCUUGUUACAUGUUUGGUUUCAUUCUAGGAUUUCGGAUUUGUCCUACGAAAGCUGAUAAAGAACGCUUUUCUGAAGCACCCAAGAGAACUAUUGGCACACCAAAGACUAGUAUUGAUUUGUGGAAUCGCAUUUUGGUAAGUAGAAGUACAAUGUAGUUAAAACUCAUCACUAAUUCUCCCGGGAUAAUAUCCGAUAUUUCCUGCUCACAGUUGAGUGUUUGGAAGUUCAGUCCUUAGAGCUCUACGAUUCCUGAAGGACAGAGCUUGCUUAUGGACUUUUGUUGUUGGCAACAAAUCCUCAAAGGUUUCCUAUUACUUUAUUAGCUUGUGAUACAGAUAAGCCGGCAAAUCCAACGAAAGACUUAAGUCAACAACGAACACGAAAACGCUGGUAGAUAGUUCCUUGUAUAGGUUAUUUUUGGCCAACUCCCCUAAACAAAUCACUUGAGAAUUGUCACAGCUUUAAUGGAUGGUUUUAGCUGGUAUUUUCAGACGCUAUAUGGGUAUAUUCAAUCGACUGCUACGAGUAUUGUUGCACUCUGUGCCUAUGACUCAGUGCUUUCUUACAAACGAAACUCUUCUGUAGUUUGAAACGAAAUCACUUACUUGCAGUGACUUCUGUACGAUCGAUAAUAACUUCUCUGUCUCGAGAUUUAGAUCCGCGCUGAGCGUCUUUCAGUUAAAUCAUACAUUAUCUCACCUGUCCAUUUAAAAACCGUGUGAGUGACUGCUCUCUUCCUCGCGCAGACUUGGCGACUUGAAAUUAACGACAAUUUUGGGAGUCUAGAGUACACCAUCGUCAGUGAAGCAACAUGCUGUGUUUCCCACAUCAAGAAGCCAUCGGAGAAAAGCAAUAACAAUAAGUCAUUGUCUGGCAGUAGUAAUUUUUUUACCCUCCUUCGGAUUGUACGGACUAAACUCGUAGUGUACAGAGCGCGAUAAGGCGACCUUCGCUUCAUAACUAAGCUGUGGCCUUGCCAACUCGGCUUUUUCUAAGGCCCCUUAAUAAUAGGAUAGAGUGGAAAUAAUCCUCCGAAGUGAAAGAAAGAUCACCAAACGCUUUCAAAAACCAAUUACACCGAUAAUAAGUAUCCACAAAAUCCCACAAAAGCGCUUGUUUUGAAAUCAUUCUUCAAGUUGUAGUCACUACGGACGCCUUACAUUGCCUAGUUAUAUUUACCGAUUGAAGUAUUUCUCACCUAAACCGCAGCGGACCUGUUCGUACGCAAAUAGCCAAGGCCUAUAGUAUUUUCCCACACAGAUGGCCAACUGAUUCGCGGUUUUAAAGCAGACAUGCUUUAGUGAUUAACAAACAGGCGGGUCUCGACCUACACCAGAUCAUACUCGAUAGAACUAUUACACGCGAAUUAAAGCUGCGCAAACCCAUCAAGAAACUGCGAAAAAUCACUAUCUUGCUAGAUCAAUAUUUGUGUUCAACUUGUCUGUCUCUCACGGGGACUUUGUUUGAUUGUGAGCUCCAUCUCGUGUUGACGUAUGGUUUACUUUCUGUUUACCUUGACAUCGUUAAAGUUUGUGAUAAGCAAGCUAAAGAUAACUUAAGCCUUUCACUCCCGAUAGUCGCCAAACAAAACGUUCACUGAAAAAAAGAAUCAUGUCUUUCGGUAAGAAAUAUUUAACGCUAGAUGCAAACAUUCUGCCAGAGAUAUUUCAUUUGAAAUGGCGACAUCAUAGACCUUUCUUCGUCCAAGGAUUUUAACUGAGUUUAUGUGACAAAUUAUCUUGCCAUGACUUGGUCUAGCACUUUAAAAGUGGAAGGCCAGGGUUAAUGCGCUUUUAUUACAUAAGGGUCACAGAAAGCAGCGUACAAAAUAAAUAAAGGAAAAAAAACCGAAAACGUAACCAUUGCUCUCUUUGAAGUUCUUCUAGUUUCAAAAGCGCCAAUGAGUUGAAAGCCGAUUUAUCGCUUUGACCUUUCCUUUCUAUGACGAAGAGGAAACAGGGAUAAGUACUGUUUAUACAAAACUAUUUAGAAUCACGAACAUAAGCUUCGAGUCUUGUUUAAGACCCGUACUUUCGAAAUCACUUUGUAAUGUGGCAGUUCUUGGUUAUUUGACAAGUUUUCUAAGAGUGUGCAAUUUUGUAAGAGAUCUUUUUCGUCAGCUUUGAAAAUAACUGUACAGAAGAUUGAGUCGUUUGCUUCAGACGGGCACAGCGGGAGAGAUUUUGUGGAUAAAUGUUUGAUUUGCAAGCGGGAAUUGAACUAAGCAGCCCCCUCACGAAGCGGUCUUCAACGGAAGCGAAAAGGGAAGCAAACUCCAUUAAAUAUGAAACGACUUUCUUUUUGCGUUCGCCGUUUGCUGUUAAAGCAAGCUUUGCUAGAUCUUGCUAUGAUUGAAUUCACUUCCCUGAGUUUCAGGUUUUGUGACUUAACGUUGGUCGAGAAACUACCAGGGCAGUUAAUCCCGGAUGCACCGGUCAGACAACUAAACCACAAUUUCUUUCUUGCAAUUUUUCUUACAAUGUCAAAACGGUUUUAUUACUUCAGUAAGUGCCUUGAGAUUAAAUGAGAAAAAAGCUACGAUCAGAUUUCUCUAUUUUCUAUAAUGUGUCAUCUUUUAAUAAAAAGUCAGAAAUUUAAGCGUUAACGUUUUCGCAGCAUUCGUUAAUAUGAUCACUAAUCCUCAGCAUCUUGUAAGAGAUCUACUCUCUUGCUUCAAAUUACCAAAUACUGCCAAAAAUUACCGUUAAGAUUUUUCCCUUUUUAAAGAUAAACUCCUAAAUUCACGAGAUUUCUUUUAAAAUAAAUUAUCUAUUUGCCUGUUAUUUCUUCAACAACGCUCUUUCUUUUUUGUGUGAAUGGGACAUAAAAUGUGUUUCAUACUCUGAUUAAAACAUUUAUUUUCGCUUUUCAAGCUUUGAUUCCCUGUGUUUACUCUAGCUAUCCUUACUUUGAAAUAAAAAAAUAAGACAGAAGGAACUAAAGUUAGACUAAGUUCUCUCGGAGUAUAUCGGGAAAAUCUCAAACUGCGGAGUGUUUAAAAACGAUGGAAAAACGUGCCGAUAAAAGUUGCCAAAUAAUAGACACCAAAGAUUCGUUUAGCUGUGGGUCUUUUCAUUUAAUUAGUUAACAAAGGGGCAUUGAAUGGAAAAGUGGUAUUUUGUAGGAUAAACAGUGUUAUUGAAAGGCUUCUCCGAUCGGCACUAAAGAUUCAUUUGGGUUCCUAAUUGGUCAAAAAAGUGUAUUCAAUUGUAGAAGAGUGUUACUUUCCUUGUUUCAUGGAAAGUUCUCUAAGAUGGGAAGUAAAAAAGUAAGAAUUUGACUUAAAUCCUUAAUCCAGAGAGUUAAGCUUCUUUGGUAACAGUAAGUUCACUGAAUUGUCUGUGCACUUGUAAAAUAAAACAAAUUGUGAAAGAGAGAUAAGGGUAAAGCUUCUCGAACUUUUGCAAACCCCGGCUGUUUUUGAAAUUUCCUUAAGUAUAUGAAAUUAUGGCCACACCAUGGGUGAAACUGCUUUGUUGUUAGAGAAGUUUUUUUUAAAGUUUUUACCCUAAAAAUUGUUUUUCUCGGCCGAGUUUUAUAAAUUGUUUUACUGAUAUAGAGUCCUUUAAAGCAGAAUAAAUUGAGCUGAAAAUUAGGGUUUGGUUUUGUUAAUUUUCCUCUCAGAAUAAUCCGACAGUUUUUUUCUUCUUCUGCCAAUAGCGUCAAUUCUUUUAAGAUUAAACUUCGUUUAUUUGCGAAGGGAGGCAUGUUGCAUUUUUCCCACUUUCCAAUACCCUGAGCUUAUAAACACGAUCAAAUCUAACAGUCUUACUGUUAAAUCGGCAAUUAGUACACCUUUAGGUGUAAUUGAAAAUCUUUUGAAUUCGGGAUGGCAACGAAACCGUCCCUGUGAGUGACGUAAUGAAAGUUGACUUGUCCAUUCCGCUAGCCGGGGUGUUGUUCAUUGUUCGUGUGGCAGUGACACAACUGCAGUCACGAACAAAGAGUACACGGGCCACUGUUUUGAUGGAGCGUGUGUCUUUCAAAAUUAAUCUUUAAGCAAGGCCGCCCUGUUCCUUGUGUGUCACUUCGUGCAAUACGUCCGUAAAACAAUUUGAUUUAAGCCUUCAGUAAACUGAACAGUGUCACUGGAUUAGAGGAUCAGAAAUCGUGGAACAUCCGUCCUAUUCUUCACAAAAUUAAAUUAAAGCAGGCUAUUCGUACAACUUAACGUCCAUAAAGAGCCUCUAUACGUGUCUCAAAUCAGGAAAGCCAAUGCUUAUUAACUCGCGAACGAGUGUGGACAAAAGAAAUUUUACUUUAAGAAAUGUCUUUUUCGUUGUACGAGAACCAAAAUGGUUGCUUUUCCGUUCCAAACCCUUACUUUACACAGUGUGUUCUUGGCUCAUUCUUCAGCAAAGAUUCCCAGUUUCAAGCUGUCGAUUUAGUAAGUCAUCCUACCGUGUGUUUCUCUGAUAUUUUUGGUUAAACUCUCCGAGGGCGUCAUUAUUUAGGGCUCAAUCAUCCACGUAUAAGGUGAUCAAUUGCAGUCUUUCAGUGUUGUCGGAUCUGCGGUUUUCCUUCCUAAAUUAGCGAUAUUGCUACGAAAGAUAUUCUGAUUUAGCGCUUUUGGUCUGUUCUAUUACUUUCUCGGAUCAGCGUGUAGGUUAAUAUCCGAUGUAACUUCGCCGUUUCUUCUUGGCAAACGAGUUUUGUGGAUUAAUUAAUCUUGUAAACUAGUUCUGUCGUCACACGUGUUACAACUGAUUCUUUUUUCAUUACUUUUCUUUUUUGAUUUCACUAAAUACACGAUUUGUUCAUUGAUGCAAGUACUAUUGUCAAGAUGUAAAAUUUUACAGUCCUGAAUUUUGCUCCUUUUUUUCUUUGUAAGCACAUGGGCAUGAAGUAUCAAAAAACUUAAAUCAGGGUGUCUUUCGGUCGAUGGGUCUGUGCAAUAUAAAAUAAUUGUAGUCAAAAUUCACUCAAGUACCACUGUCAAGAUAUAAAACUUUUCCAGUUCUUUAUUUUCUAUUUGUUCUUUUUCUUUGUUUACACAUGGGCACCAAGUAUCGAAAAAGUUAAAUACAGGUUGUCUUGAGUUUGUGCAAUUUAAAAUAAUUCUAGUUAUAUAUACACUCUAGUUAUAUGUACACUAUACACUCAGUGUCUAACUUGUGAGAAAGGUUUUUUAUGGCCUAAAUUAGCCUGUACAUUUUUAAAUUUAAUUAUUUCGCCCUAGUUGGAUAACAAGUUCAACGAGUAAUGAAAAGUUUGAUCCUAGGUUUUUGCUAAAUAAUUGCGACAUAAGGUCAUAGGCUUUAAGGCUUACAAUUAGCAAUGUUCAAAUCUUUUCGUGUACCUUGGUUUUCGGUUUUCUCUUACAAAUUACAAAAACCGACCAAACGCGUAUAUGUUCUCUAAAAACGAUUUGAUUUGAAUUAACGUUAAUGCUUUCCUUGGUUUAGCUUCCUUAAUCUUGAUUUUUAGAGCUAAGUUCUCCCUACUGUUAUUAAUACAUGUCUUUCAACGCGCUUUGGGAGAAUGUUACAUAUAAUCGGUUUGACUAUGUACUCUUGAACUCGCCUUUCGGAGCAAAGAAGUGGGGUUGGUAAAGUUCAAGCACAGCCACUACGAGGCUUAACAUCCAGAAAUUUAAAUUUUACCUAAUUUCGUAUCAUAAAUUUCUUUAGUUCCGUGAUUAGUUAUCACUAAUUUUUGUCUUAUUUUGUGUGUGUAUUUUUUUUUUCAGUUUUCAGAGAUCGUAAUUUGUUUCUCGAAGAUAUUAGCUAUAUAUUGUAGCUACUCUAAAAUUCGAGUUAAAAUAAAGGUUAUAUUUGUAUGUAGUGUCACAUCAGGCGUUCUACCACAGACAAAGUAAAUCCACCUUGUAAAGUAUAACAAACAAUUGCUCAGUAGCUUUCAUUUGAAUGGUCACACGAGAAUUUAUACACAGACUUAAAAGCUAAAACCACCUUUUACUGGGCAAUAAACAGUACCACAGGAAAGUACUGCUCAGUAGCUUUCAUUUGAAUGGUCACACUAUAGGAUUUCAUACACAGACUCAAAAGUUAGAACCACCUUGUACAGCAUAAUAAACAGUAUCACAGGAAAGUACUGUUCAGUAGCUUUCAUUUGAAUGGUCACACCAUAGGAUUUCAUACACGGACCCAAAAGUUAGAACCACCUUGUACAGCAUAAUAAACAGUACCACAGGAAAGUACUGCUCAGUAGCUUUCAUUUAAAUGGUCACACCAUAGGAUUUCAUACACAGACUCAAAAGUUAGAGCCACCAUGUACUGUUCAGUAGCUUUCAUUUGAAUGGUCACACCAUAGGAUUUCAUACACAGACCCAAAAGUUAGAACCACCUUGCACAGCAUUAUUAACAAACAGUACCACAGGAAAGUACUGCUUAGUAGCUCACACCAAAGGAUUUCAUCCAGACUCAGAAUUAGAACCAUCUUGUACAACAUAAUAAACAGUAUCUCACAUAGCGAGGUAAAAAUUUAGUCUGAGGGAGAAUCGGCAUUUUAUUUAUAACGUCCAAAAGAGCUCUACUCCCUUUUAUAUGAAAAAAAUAUUGAUUAUGUCAGGUAUUACAUUGAAUUUCAACUUAGAGAUCUCCCGUUGAAAGUUCACACAUCCAAAUCUUUUUCUCACCGACAGUCCAACUUCGGAAAAAUAUUUCUUGUUAUUCUAUGAAGUAUGUUAGUAUCUUUGUUGAUGUAGUGUAGAGAACGUGACAAGCAAAGUUGACUUACAUGUUAUAGCCAUUUUUGCUGAUGAUUAUGGUUUAUUUCAGGUCGCUAAAAUGGCCUUUGCCGUUCUCAGUUAUGAAAAAAACAGUCAACAGACCUUCAGUAAAUUCUUUAUAAAACUCACUCUUAAAUAAAUAAGUUAGCUUUAAUCAAUACAUGUUCGUUCAUAACCUAACCUUCAAAUCAGUUCGUGACCUAAGAACUUAUUUAACGUGUUAACCGUUUCUUUUCCGCUUACUCCGUUGACAUAAUUUGGAGCUAAGGAGGUGUUUAAUCACGUUAGAAAGACUUGAAAGCCUUUAUAAAUAAUUCUUUAAUUGAAAAAGUUGAAAGUUAUCGACAAAUUUUGUUAUCGUCAAAUAGUGAUAACAACAACAUCAUCAACAUCAACAACAAUUUGAUGAUGAUAAAAAUAAUGAUAAUAAACAAUAUAAAAAUAAUAAAAAAACGGCUUGAGAUGGUUUGUAGCAGUUAAUUGUCCUAUUGUUUCCUAAAGGUUAUUGCGGUUUGAUGUGUUUUGUUAUUGUUAUUUCGUACUUCCUUUCUAGAAAAAAAAAUGACGUCCUUGGCGUUUACUACUAAUUAUAACCAGCCACAAUUUAUGCACGUACACUUUCAUGUUCUGUUUCUUUUAUUAUCGUUCGUUUUCUCCUACAAUUAUUCAAUGGAACCCCCCAGAAAAGAUCUCCUUUUUUGUCCCUUAGAAAUUCUGGCUAAAAUACAUCCGCCCUUUUAACACAGAACUCGCACAUACUUCAAUUUUAGUAGUAUUACGACGUGCUGAUUCCUUCACAAGAUCAUAUGAAUGCUUUUAAUGGAUUUUUAUUUUUACUUACGGAGAGGAAAUGUUAUCGCUAGCUUUAAUUGUAGUGCUUCCGUAAGGUACGAGAAUUUACAAGAAAAAAAAUAUCCCUGCGUUAAAACGUCCAUGAUUCUUCAAUCCGUGACAUCAUCUACAUAAACAUCGUGACGUGUUUAAUCCAGCAUGAACAUUUCAUCUGUUGCUAAGCGGUAUCCUUUUGGACUACCAAUGCAGACAAUUUGACCUCCCACAUUGUUGUAAAUUAGAUAAAAUAGCAAUAAAGAUUCUAUACGAUGUGAUCUGCAGUAAAUAGUAAAGCAUGUAUGCACUUGUGUCGAGCGCUAUUGCAUAGACUUGCUAACGUUUGGCUACCUAAUCCUGCAUAGCUUUCAUGUCUUAGUUCCCAGUAAUCCGACUGGGUGUAGCAGCAUCACACGCUUGUUUUUCUUAUGUGGAAUUUCAGAAGGAGUCCUUUAUCAAGCGGAUUUUCUGUCUCCGUCUUUUGGAUUGAUAACUUGACAGCUCGGAUCUGCAGGGGGGCCUUAAAGGGGCGACUGGCAAAGAGGGUCGCGAGAAUAACCGCGACCUGAUCAGCUCAUUAGUGUUUUCAUUUACUCCUCCAGCACGCGGCACACAACUCGCGCUCAACCAUUCAUCAAGAAUCUAAGAUGGCGGGCUUUCUGAACCAUUAUCCACCUUACCCAGUCAAUGGGCUUAACAUGCCUCCUAGAAGCGCCGACAUGUUUUCCCCGAUGGUUGCUCCACCUUAUGGUAAGACUUAAGAUUUUAUUUUUAGACUCUAAAGACGGCGAAUUUGCCAACUUUCUACACACUUAGGUAAUGACAAUUAACCGCUCUCGCGGUUAGCAGGAAAAAAUAUUUCUUUGAGAAGGAGGAAGUUUUUUAUCCUCUGUCGAGUUGCGUUAAAUGCUUGCUAAGUGCUUAUUUCAGUUUGCUUGAACUUUGAAUUGUCAAGUUUUCCUUGUGUUAAAGAGACCUCCCAGAUUUUCCGCCUUAGAAUUUGUAAAGGUAUUUAUUAGAGUGUGAUAUUCUAUAAAGCCUAUUUACGAAGCUCCCUUUGAAGCUCGGUGGUGUUGUGUAAGCAAAGCCCUUACGGUCAAAUAAUCGUUAUAAUGCUGUUCACUUCUUCUCUGCUUCGCAUUUAACGAACAGAGUGAGGAUCAAGAAAAAUGAUUCCACAAUCUGCAGUGCUUUUCAAAAUGACAAGCAAACAGGGUGGAAGUUUGACUAUUGUCCGUGAAGGAUUUGCGGGCGCCAAAACUCUUAAGUUAGGCCGAUUUUCGAAGGGAAGAUUUUUACUACGAAUCUCGUUUAAAGCACAGAGAAACAUACUUCCCGUAGAAAACAUUUAAACUCAUUUGCGGCCAUAAAGCUGUUGUACAAGACCGCAUGAAGAUAACGUGGCUUAAACGGCGAUGAUAAGAUCGUUGAGUUAAUUUUGUGUUAAGCGCUUUCACUCCUUCUCGAGAACAAUGUCCAAAAUCCAACAAAAAACCAAAAUUUUACUUUUAAAGGUAUUAAGAAAUAAAUUGUAAAAUCUAAAAGUUCUGCUGAAGAUUUUUCUUUUAAAUAGUAACACCGUUGGAUUUUGCCCUUAGACUCUAAAGCUACAUAUGCAUUUUAUGACUCCGUUAUGAGUCUACGUUAAUGGGUUUACAUUCGAUGCAUUGCACGUACUGUGCUCCUGAACUAGACGUACAUGGAUCUAUUCAGCUUUUUUAGUGGAAAAUUUAAAAUGUUUUCUUUAGUUCUAUAGUGUCCAUGUCAAUGAACAAAUCAGGACUUUGCCCAUGCUAUAAAAAGAACAGUUUAUUCAAAUAUUUGUGCUUCUAAUUUGACUAAAGAACGUUCCUCUUAGAACAUGUCAUUGCUUAGCUCAAAACUGAGGGUGUGUUACGAAAGUUAAAUUGCAAAUAAACGAAAAUACAUCAUUGAUUCUAUGUUUAGGUUAUCCUAGGAAACAGAGAAGGGAGCGAACCACUUUUACCAAGGCACAACUAGAAAUCUUAGAAGAACUCUUCUCCAAGACAAAAUACCCAGACAUUUUCAUGAGAGAAGAAGUAGCAAUGAAAAUCAGCCUACCCGAAUCUCGAGUUCAGGUAAGUUAAAGUGGCGCCUUUUCUGACUUAAUUCCCAGCUGAAAGAGCAAAGAAAUGUUUAGGAAGCACUGAGGAACUUAUCUAAAUUAGAUCCAAAUUUAGCAACAUCUUGCGCAACGUCAUAAACAUGCAGUAUCUUAGAAAAGCAAUGCCCGAAAGCUUUUCUCAACAAACUCUUGCAAAACGUUCUUUUGUCUGUUGCAUGUUCCACUUGUUUUUGCACCGGCGGCUCCCAAAGCUUUAUCCCCAAUUUCGAUGUUAACGAGGGUAAAGAAAGUAUAUCGUAUCAUGUCGGGUAAUCUAGUCGUGUCUGGAAAAAUAAAUAAAUAUAAACGCACAUUGGAAAAGCUGAAGAUGAGCUUCCCGCACGUUGCAAGGCUUGUUCCUUUUUCAUGUCAUUGUUAGCUAAAAAGAUCAUGAAGAAAUUAGGGUUUUCUUUUGGAGAUGGUUCUGUUGCCCAGGUUUGAAUCCUGACUGCGUGGAGGGGAAUGCUGCAUACGUCUAAACACGCUUUGUCUGAACAAUCAUACGAAAAUUCUACAGCACAUCUCCACAAGAAGAUUUUUGUACAAAGUUUUAGAAUUUUUUCUUUCCUUUUUUUUUUUCUUCUUCUUGUUUUUUUUUAUUAUUAUGUCUCAGACAAGAAGUAGUGAUAAUUAAUCUCCAAAGGUAGAGAUCUUACAAAGGUGAUUUUCACUUGUGUACAGCGUCCUUAUCCUCAUCAUGUCCUCUGUGUGUACUUCUAGAAAGCCGGGACUCCGCUUUUGACCUUGGAUAGCUUUAACUCGAAUUAACAGUCUCAAAAGUUAAAAUCGUAGGAGGUUUUACAUGAAAAGAGAUAAAAUUUUAAAUAGGUUAUUAAAAACUCUAAAACUCUAAAGAAUUUUCCGGGAAGUAGAGCAAACUGGCAAUGAACUCUGUACCUUGUUAACAUGAAUGGCCCGUUGUUUGGGAAACAUUAGUUAGAGGCUACUUUAUCAUUGCUCAGAAGAGCGAACCCCUGUAAAUAUUUCUGAAUAUUUUGUUUUGGUUUCCGACUAUUUGUGAAAUUCAAUUUAACACUCACUAGGUUUUUCGUGUUAUAUCAGGAUACUACAUUCUUUCACGUUCAGCAUUUAGUGGUUUUAAAAGAAGGCUGACAGUUCCUGUCUAAUUCGCUGACCAGCACUAACAGUUGAAAAUUUUUCUAUGAAAAGUUGGGUCGUUUUGGAGAGAACUAAAAGAAUGAUAUUAUAACAAAAUCAGAUAUUAAAGUGUGUCAUAAAUUCGUUAAAAAGAAGGGGUGUAUAACCCUUCGUGUUCCUGGAUGUCGUUCUUUAUGCGUGCUUCGAUGCACAUUCAUCAUAAUGGCAUAGUUUCUCCGUUAUGAUCACUCCCAAAUUUAACUAUGCUAUAUUGAUGUAAAGCUAACGUUUGAGUCUGUACAAAAUCCUAUUUUGUUGUCAUUAAAGGAAACCUCUAAUUAGCAGUACUUUCAUAUGGUAGUGCUUGGUUCUAACCUAAGUUUUGGCACAAAAACUUAUGAAGUGAUCGUUCAAAUGAACCUCUUCAACAGUACCUUUUAAUGGUAUUUGCUGUUUGUCAAUAUCGUGGCUUUUCAAUAUUCUGUCCGUCUUUGAAGUUAAAGGGUUAAGAACUUGCUGGUAGGUGGCUUUUAUUUGUGUGCACACUUAUAAGGAUUCCAUAAAUGAACUUAAGCGCACGGCGAAAACAACACAAUAAUGAAUGAACACUGAGUGGCAAGGAAACAUUCACUUAAAUGAUGACACUUUGGGAUUUGGCUUAGCUGUCCUUUUUAGUCUUUUUUUUUCCACCCUUCUCGCUCAAAUUUGUAAGUUUAUUGAUGAGAUCUCUUGGCCCAGCCUUUCGAAGACUAAUGAUGAACACGUUUUUCAGCGAGCUGCAUACGACUGUUUUCUAAUGUUCGUACGUGAACAAUUUCAAGGUAAUUGGCAAUUUGUAGAGCUGUUGGCUGGUCACUCACUGUUUCAGAAAGAUGUCAAGUAGCAAACUAUAUCUGCAAAAAUUGCUUGAAAAAAGAAGACUUGAUUUUUAUCUCAGACGUAAUACAGAACUGUAGACAACCGUUUAAGAAUGAAUCAGUGGGUCUUGAGAUUUCAACCAAACAUCGAUCGUUACCCUAUUAGAGCAAGAAAAAUGGAGGGAAAUAAUGAGAAUGAAGAAUUUCACAAGUGUCCUUUUUACAAGUUUUUUGUAAAGGUGGAGCCCAGCAUCCCCAAAUAAAAACAAGAUAUACUUUGUUUUGCGCGGAAUCAAAUGGCGGCAUAUUGCGUGUAAAAUAACCUUAAGCCGGUAGUAAACUCAUUUUGUAAGUAAAAAUAAGAUAGUUGUUAUUUGCAUUUUUUUUAAAUUUUUAGGUGAACUUUAGAUAGAAAGAAUUCUAUCUCAGUUUGUCUAAACGUGGAAUCAGGUGCAACGCAAAUUGAAUUAAAAUCGUUUGACUUCCGAGCAUUUAGGCGGUGAUCUGGAUAGUGUACGUACACACGAAUGUACUGUCAGGGAUUUUACGCCCACAAGACUAUUCAUCUUUUCUCACGUAAUGACUUUAAGGUUAAACAUUUUUACUCGAGGCUUUCCAUGUUAUUACAACAACUUGUGUUCAAAAAUAUCGUCACAUAUAUUCGAGGCAGUCGUAGGAAAAACCCUCUUUGUGUUUUUCAUGGAUGAGUUUUGGGAUCGCGUGUGAUGCCAUUCUUUUCGUGGUGUCUGGGCAAUUCGCUUGACCUCACUUUUGCGUGCUCAUACACCCCUGCUUGUCUCGCUGGUAUUGUGUAUUUAAAGGAAACUGAAACUUUCCAGAGAAAACUACUUAAAAUCCUAUUCCAAAAGUCACGCUCGCCUAAAAUAGCCAGAAACUUCCAAAAAAAGGUGAAAAAGCCACACAUGUAUUGCUUGUAAGUUUCUAGAUUUGUGUUGUUGCGUGGCUUCCUAAAUUAGGGACUUGUGUUUAUACGUAAAGCUUCUAAUCGAGAUUUCAUUAUUGUUUUUUUCCUUCUUAUCGCUAUUGCUACUCAAUGAAUCUUAAAGGUCAGCAAAUACUAUGUAAACACCACAGGAGACAACAAUGUAAAUUCCACUUGUUUGAAGGCGCCAAUUUGAGAUUCAAACGGACAUAUAUUUGUUUGUUUUAUUCUACAACAGGUGUGGUUUAAAAACAGACGCGCCAAAGUUAGGCAACAGAGCAAGGGAGAGCCUAAACCCAAACCCAAACCCAAAACUCCAACGUCAAGCAAAGAGUCUUCGCAGGCCGUACCAUCGCCAUGCAGAUACGCAAGCUGCAGCGGAAACAUUUGGAGCCCGGCCCACGAUUCCGUUCGGCCCAUGCCUACUUAUCCCUCCCACGCGGCCGUCAUUAACAACAGUAUGACAAUGACAAGUGCCAAUCCUUCAUUCAUGCCACCUCCCCCUCCCCCUCCGUAUUACUGCUCAAGUCCGAACGGUGGGUCGUACAUGCCUUUGGAACAUGCGCACAUGCAUCCCAUGGCACCGAGAUAAAAAGUCGUUUCGUGUGGCUUUGAACGUUAUUAGGGAAAUGUAAGGAAAUGCUAAUAUCUGGGCUUUGCACUCAUAAUACCAAUUAAUUUAAAAAGCUUAUGUGCAAAUACAGGACUAUAACGGUAAUCCAUAUAUUAUAAGCGAGCGAAAUUCCAAAUUGUUGUCUGCGAUAGUAGUCAAAGCUAGCGUAUCACUUUCUCACAAACACAUUUAAGGAUAAGCUUUCUAGACUUAUUAAUCACGGAAUCCGCUAAUAGAUGCGCGACCAAGACACAUAACCUGUUAUUAUUACGCAUUAGGACUUAAAACCUUUUAAGGUUUCAAAAAAAUGGUUAUGUGGGUUCAGUAUUCAAUUUCUUCCAGUUUUGUCUACAUAUUUUUGACCAAGAAAAUGUAGCGUUGUUAGUCUCGCUAGUUGCACGAACAUGUUGAAUAUAACAACUCCAAACAAACAACAGUAAGGAGUUAAUAGAACCACACAGUACAUAUCGUUGAUAGCUACAUUUGAGCGCUCCAAGUUUUCAGUUUAUUUAGCUUUGUUUUGUUUAUGUGAUAGACACCCAAGUAUUAGGUAGUUCACAUUGUUCUGGAAACUUUGUUUUGAUAUUCAACUUCGUGGGCUAGCGUGGCUUUUAUUAGUUGUUGAUUCAUGUAAGUGUUUGGUAUUCUUUUACUUUUGUCUUUGAAUAGAAUGGUCAUAGAAUUUCUGGUAAGCUCGACCAGUUGACGCGGACACCUUCCGGCUUUAGUUUGAAUCAAGUAUCCUCAGUUGUAAUUUCACUAAGGCUCAUUUAAUAUUUCUGUUAUUUCAUUUCCCCCUUCCUAAAGACACAAGGCGUAAAAUUUUAAAAGGAUUCCCAUUCGAAAAUAUUAAGCUAGAUAUCGAAAACUACUAAGUUCCUUUAAUGACAUUAUUUUGACCACACCUUCCGGCACGAAUUAAUAUGUUAAUAAGUACCCGUUCUCGUGGGCUGAAAAAAAACGUUUAAACCCCAUGCAAAUCCAAAGUAAUCGUAAGUUUCAUCCACUUUUGAGAAUUCCUGAUCAGACAAUUUCGUACCGUGUAAACAAUUAAUUUAAACUUCUAUGUCUAGUAAAUAGCAUGCAUGCUUCAUUCUGUUAUAGAUUUUUUCGUAUUGCAGGAGAUAAUGAAGGUACAUUCCUGUCUUGGAAAUUUAGGAAAACGGUGAUAUGAUUUUUUUUUUCUUAGUUUUUGCCGACUUUGUAUUUGUAACUUUUGUAUCUAUUUAACUAGCCCUUUUUUCCAUCGACCUUUCUAUUGAUAGACAACAAAUGGCUUCUGUUAUGCGAAAAUGUUGUUUACAAAGGCUGGAUUCGAUCUGGGAGUCGAAGCAGGUUAAUUUAUUUUAUUAAAUUAAACCUUCUGCUUCCUAAAUUGCCACCCGUGAGUGUAUUAAAUUCAGUAUCGGAUUUUAUUUUUUAACAAAAGCCAUUUAUACUCCUUUGCAUCUAAAGGGGCUUUGUCACGGCAGUCUCGUUCAUUUGUUAAAAAUUAGUUACCGUGAUUUCGCAUCCCUAUUCGCUAUGGAACUUGAGAAUGACAAAGUUAAAGUUUCUGUGAAAUAUUUCUCAAGUACAGAUGAUAAAAAGUGUUAGGCUAACAAGUUUUUAAAAACCACAAUUGCAAGCCGUUUUUUAAUCGUCUUCAAGUUUUUCGAUCCUUGCCUCUGUUCUGUAUUUGCUGUGUUAUGUAUUUCUUCUCUUAUACUACUACAUGAGAAAUUUCUGCAAUUUGAUUGGCUUAGAGCAGUGGUAUUUCGGCUUAAUUUCAAAUACGCACAUGUGAAAAUUACAAAACCUUUGCGGGUAGUAGUAUAAGCAAAUAAAAGCAUGAUUUGUAGGUGAUUUUUGGCAUAAAUACCACUUGUGAUAUUUAAAAAUUGUUAUAUCACUCCUGGUAUUUAUGCCAAAUAUCACUACAAAUCAUGCUAUUACCUAUACUAACGUUUUGAGCGAUAUUUUUUUCUGUUUCACUCGAUGUAGUGGUAGUUUCCACUAGUUGAAUUUUGAUAAAUUUUGUGACACAGCUCCUUCAAGGUUUAAGGGAAAAUGUAAAGGUUAUACCUUGUUUGUGUAAUCAGAUUUCGUUCAUAUACAUUUAUUAUUUUGUUAGAUAAAUUUUUAUUCCAUUAGGUAUUGGUUUACAUAUAACAUCGCAAUUAAUAGUCUUGCUCACUUAUUGUUUGUAAUGUAGACUUUAAAGUUGGAACCAAAGUAAUAUAGUAAGCUCCAUAGCACAUGUACCUAUAUGCGUACCACUUAUUGUAACUAGAAUUGCUUCAGAGAAAAUAUAAUGUAAAUAGACUGCAACGAUUGAGCUUUGGGAAUUAAUGAAAUUAUUAACAACUGAUGAAAUAUGGAAUACACUAGAAGUCUUUUUUAUUACAAUUAUGAGGAGAAAUCACAUUUUGAUCGUUUAGAUGCAUGACCAGGGAGUUGACUUUGAAAUCU